AUGCAGUACCGUACCCAGUGCUUCACCGGUCCGCUCGCGCACGUGACCUAUAGCAAGUACGGCCCUUCAUCUGCUUGCAAUAAUGGCACCGGGGGAACCUGGGCUAAUGACGUCUAUUCAAUAGUCCUGGUUGCAAAUUUCAUAAUAUCAAAAGACGAGUUAAAACUCGUCAACAAGCCGAGUUAUGGUUACGCUCGCAACCCACCUACACGCUCCACCGCCCUUACCGUCGACGAUACAAACGCCAGCGUAUCGCCACGAUUUUUGCGGCGGUUGAACCCCGAUGAGGAGUCCUUGGUGCCGGGUAUUCCAACGUUUGGCAUGCCACCAUGGUACGGGUCACCAGAAGAAGCAAACCAGGAGUAUGCUGUCUGCGACUAUAUGGAAUGGUUCCAAUGCGCCGUUCUCCCUCGUUUGUCUCGACUGAGAAUGCGCCUGGCCCAAAAGGAAAAUCGUUCCAAGACUACUAUUUAUACUCGGGGCACACAACAGGAUCCCUGCCGCAACAUGCAUUUUCCUUCUCCGCUAGAGGACCACGCCCUCUUUAACCACACCCUUCAGAAUAUAACUGAUAUAUCAGUGUGGAACUGCCAAGUAAAGUGCUAUGUGAACCAAGCAUGUCGUGCUGUGAACUAUAAGAAAGGCGCGAAUCUCGGGAGCUGUGAACUGCUGUCCGCCAAAGCUGGAUCCUUCCCUAUAGAUCUGCUGAAGUUCCCAGGAAUCGACUACUACGGCCCCAAUGAGGUUUGCGUUCCAAAUCCUUGUCCCUCGGCCAACAUGACCUGCGUUGAGUUAAAGGGGAAUCCAAGAUACAGAUGUGAGUGUCCACAGGGAUACAUCGGUUCCGCAUGUGAAACAGAUGUUGAUGAGUGUUAUCCUGGACAUUACAAUUGUCACCAGGACGCUACUUGUGCAAACACAAUUGGCUCUUUCGCAUGCACAUGUAAACCUGGGUAUACAGGAAACGGAGUAAGCUGCGAAGAUAUUGAGGAGUGCUCUUCUGGAAGCAACAAUUGCCACCGGGACCAUGCUUCUUGUGCAAACACCAUUGGCUCCUUCGCAUGCACAUGUAAACCUGGGUAUACAGGAGACGGAAUAAACUGCGCAGACAUCGACGAGUGCUCUCUUGAUGUACACAAUUGUCAUGCGAAUGCCACGUGCGCGAAUACCGCUGGUUCCUUCACCUGCACUUGCAGAUCUUGGUAUACUGGAAACGGCGUAAACUGUACAGGUUUAACCUAUUCGCAUGUUGGAUGUUUCAAAGACAAGGAUGAUCGGGCCAUUGCGUUAACUUGGAUUUAUCCAUCAACUCUAGAGGAGUGUUUUAAAGAAGCCCUUAGACGCGAAAACAUAGUAUUUUCAAUGCAGGCAGAAAAACAUUGCUUUACCAGCCCAGACGCACAUCAGACUUACAACAAGUAUGGUCCCACAACUGGCUGCAGCGGCGGGAAUGGGGGAGCCUGGGCCAAUGACGUAUAUCGCAUCAAUUACUAAGUCACUGUGACAUUUGUCACGUCAUGUUAGGGAUAGUAGAAAGGGUCAGAAGCACUCUCUAACCCAAUUUUUUUUUUAAUUUCGAAUUGAUUUGGUAACAAAUAAACUACAAUUUCCAAAAAGAAUUUUCUUUUUAUUUCAAAAGAAUCGCGAGUUAAAAGGAAAGUUCGUUUUCCGUCGAAUAUAGACAUAACACGAAAGGUGUCACAAAUCCCUUAAUCCUUUUAAGACACAGCAUCUCACAACUAAUUUGGUGCUCGUUAUUCAGCUUUAAAACGAUAUAUUAUUCGCAAUAUUUCGUUAAAUAUUAGCCCGUCAAGACGCAUUCUACGAGAGCCGGUCGACGACACUUUCCACUAUCCUUAAAUUCAACUCACACAGCACUUGCGUACAUACACUAUAUGAUAGG